AAAUAAAAAUAGUGUAACUAUAAAUAAAAAUGAGUAUAGGUCAAAAAAAAUAAGAGACGGGAGUGGUAUUAGAACAAACACACUCCAAACAAUUUUAAUUUUCACUCAUUACACAAAAAUUCGCGUGACAAAUCCCAUACUUCUCCUCUGUCCCUAAAUUCAAAAUGUCACCUUUUCAUUGGCUACCUCACCUCCACUAACUAAUUUUCUCUCUCCUAUUUAACCCCCUUUCCCUUCCUCAUUCUUCCCUACUUUCCCAAACCUCACUUUCCUCUUCUUCUCCACCUUCAUCUUCAUCAAUGGAGUUUCUUCAAUCCUCCAUUACUUUCUCUCUCCUCUUCCUCCUAACCUCUCUUCCACUUUCUCUCUCCUCAACCUGCACCUCUCCUAAGCUCACUUCCUCCUACAAAUCUUGUAACGAACUCCCUUCUCUCAGCUCAUCGCUUCACUAUUCUUACGACCACUCAAAUAAAUCACUUUCUAUCGCUUUUACGGCAACCCCGCCUUCGGCUUCUGGCUGGGUUGCCUGGGGAAUUAACCCUACUGGUACCGGUAUGGCCGGUACCCAAGCCAUCGUCGCUUUCAAAGAUACUGACGGUUCAAUGUCUGUUAAGACCUUCAAUCUGUCGUCGUAUUCCGACAUUAUUGAAGGGAAGUUGUCAUUUCCGGUUUACGAAAAACGGGCGGUUUUUAAUGCUGCUGAUGGGUCGAUUACUAUCUUUGCAAGCGUCGGGAAUUCUGGUACUGGUAAGAUUAACCAUGUUUGGCAAGUUGGUCCUGGUGUUUCGAAAGGUUUUCCUGAGAAACACGAGUUUAAGCCGGAGAAUCUUCAGUCGAAAGGUACUUUGGAUUUGAAUGGAGGAGCAAGUAGCGGCAGUAAAGCGUCGGAAACUGCUAGUGAUGCUGCUACUAAGAAGAGAAAUACUCAUGGGAUUCUGAAUGCAAUUAGUUGGGGAUUAUUGUUUCCAAUUGGAGCUAUCAUUGCAAGAUACAUGAGAACAUUUGAAUCUGCAGAUCCUGCAUGGUUUUAUGUUCAUGUUUCUUGUCAAAUAUCUGGAUAUGCUAUCGGUGUUGCCGGCUGGUCCACCGGACUUCAGCUUGGAAGCGAGUCUGUAGGGAUCGUUUAUUCGAGUCAUCGCUACAUCGGCAUUGCCCUCUUUGCCCUGGCUACUCUGCAGAUUUUCGCGCUGUUUCUAAGACCAAAGAAAGAGCACAAGUUGAGGUUUUACUGGAACAUAUAUCACCACGGCAUUGGAUAUGCCAUCAUUAUCCUCGGAAUCAUCAACGUAUUCAAAGGCUUAAAAAUACUCGAACCUGAAAAGAAAUGGAAAUCAACAUACGUUACCAUUCUUAUUGUGCUGGGUGGCAUUACUGCAGUACUAGAAGUUUUUACCUGGAUCGUUGUCCUACGAAAAAAAUCAAGUAGAUCCACCAAACCCUACGCUUGAUCAGCUCAUCAAAAAGUUCUUAAACACGACGACUCCAUUCAUUGGAUCAUCAAAGCUUGUAAGAUGAUUGAUACGCUUUAUUGUUAACUUAUUCGACAGGGAAUAUCAUCCCUCAUGUUGUCUGUCCUUAGUGUAUAUUGGUUUGAGAUAGUUGUGGUAUAGAUAAGCGCUCUCAUUUUCCGAUUAUUUCAAGGAUUGUAUGUAUCUUAGAUAGUUGCAUAUAGGCAGAUAUUCAGAAAUAUGUGAGCCCAUCUUCAUUUGUUUGUGCAAGUGUGCUAGAUUCUUUACUUUUAGCAGAAAUUCACAUUUCCUAUUUUAGCUUAGAACAGAAUUUUAUACUGCUUACUGAUAUGAGUAAUUUUCUUUUAUAA